CAAAGAAGAAAAGAGCCAGACCCAACAAACCUGCACUAGGAUAAUUAAUUGUGUCCUCGCUGGAAAGAAGAUGACUUUGGUCUGAAUAUUGUGGCGUUUGCAUGUGCGUUUAUGCGUGCUCACCUCUUUUAUGGUCAAAGGGUGACAGGUGGCUGCUGAUUCAAAAUGAACCUGCCAGGUGGCUUUGUCUGGUGCUGGUGGCUGUCGCUGCUUGCUUGUUGUUUCUUCACCUCCCGGGCGGCCAAGCCCAGAAUGCCUGGCCACACGCACCUCAACUCAAUACGCAUUGAUGGGGACAUAUCUCUGGGUGGGCUUUUCCCAGUGCAUGCAAGGGGAAAUGACGGCAAAGCCUGUGGCGAGCUCAAGAAGGAGAAAGGGAUUCACCGGUUGGAGGCCAUGCUGUUCGCUCUGGACCGCAUCAAUAAUGACCACGAACUGCUGCCUAACAUCACUCUGGGCGCUCGCAUCUUGGACACCUGCUCCCGCGACACUCACGCUCUGGAGCAAUCGCUGACGUUCGUACAGGCUCUGAUUGAGAAGGACUCGACCGAUGUCAAGUGCCUCAGCGGAGGGCCGCCCAUCAUCACAAAGCCGGAGCGGGUGGUCGGCGUGAUCGGCGCGUCUGCUAGCUCUGUGUCAAUCAUGGUGGCCAAUAUACUGCGUCUGUUUAAGAUCCCCCAAGUGAGCUACGCCUCCACAGCUCCAGAGCUGAGUGACAACACGCGGUAUGACUUCUUCUCCCGAGUGGUGCCGCCUGACACCUAUCAGGCUCAGGCCAUGGUGGACAUCGUCAAAGCCAUGAACUGGAACUAUGUCUCCACUGUGGCCUCCGAGGGAAACUACGGAGAAAGUGGUGUGGAUGCAUUCAUUCAAAAGUCUCGAGAGGACGGUGACCUCUGCAUUUCCCAGUCUGUGAAAAUCCCACGUGAACCAAAAGCUGGGGAGUUUGACAAGAUAAUUCGCAGGCUAAGUGAGAACCCAAACGCCCGUGUGGUCAUUAUAUUUGCCAACGAGGAUGACAUCAAGCGGCUGCUCCAAGCGGCAAAGAAGGCCAAUCAAACAGGCCAUUUUAUCUGGGUAGGUUCAGACAGCUGGGGGUCCAAAAUCUCCCCAAUACUGAACCAGGAAGAGAUGGCUGAAGGUGCUGUAACCAUCCUGCCAAAACGACAAUCCAUCAAAGGGUUUGACCGCUACUUCAUCAGUCGGACACUGGAAAACAACAGGCGAAACAUCUGGUUCGCCGAGUUUUGGGAGAACAACUUCCAGUGCAAACUUAGUCGACAUGCUGUGAAAAAAGGCUCUGGCAUCAAAAAGUGCACAAAUCACGAGAGGAUUGGUAAAGAUUCAUCCUAUGAACAAGAGGGAAAGGUCCAGUUUGUGAUUGAUGCAGUUUAUGCCAUGGCUCACGCUUUGCACAACAUGCAUAAAGAUCUCUGCCCGGGGAAAGUUGGCCUCUGCUCCAAGAUGGAUGCCAUCAAUGGCACAUUGCUGCUCAAAUACAUUCGAAAUGUCAAUUUCUCAGGAAUUGCUGGCCCGCCCGUGGUCUUCAACGUGAACGGAGAUGCUCCUGGUCGCUAUGAAAUCUACCAAUACCAGAUGAAAAAUAACACGACAGAGUAUAAAAUCAUUGGCCACUGGACCGACCAUCUGCACUUGGAUACAGAUGAAAUGCAGUGGCCAGGUGAAACACAAGAAGUGCCCUCAUCCAUUUGCAGUCAACCCUGUCGCGCUGGCCAGCGCAAGAAAAUUGUGAAAGGAAUACCGUGCUGUUGGCACUGUGAGAAUUGUGACGGCUACCAGUACCAGGCAGACACUUACACAUGCAAGAUGUGUCGCUUCGACCUUCGGCCCAAUGACAACCACACUGGCUGCAUUCCCAUUCCUAUCGUCAAGCUGGAAUGGAGCUCUCCGUGGGCCGUCAUCCCCGUCCUGAUCGCCGUCCUGGGCAUCAUGGCAACCGUGUUUGUGGUUGUUACCUUUGUGCGCUACAACGACACACCCAUUGUCAAGGCGUUGGGUCGUGAACUGAGCUACGUGCUUCUGACUGGUAUCUUCUUGUGCUAUGCCACAACGUUCCUCAUGAUCUCCGCUCCUGAUGUGUUUAUAUGUUCACUGCGCAGGAUCUUUCUUGGCCUGGGUAUGAGUAUCAGCUAUGCAGCCCUGCUCACUAAGACAAAUCGUAUCUACAGAAUCUUUGAGCAAGGCAAGAUGUCAGUCAGUGCCCCUCGCUUCAUUUCCCCGGCCUCACAGUUAGUCAUCACGUUCAGCCUGAUUUCAGUGCAACUCCUCGGGGUGUGUAUCUGGUUUGGCGUCGACCCCUCGCAAGCCAUCAUCGACUACGAAGACCAACGCACGGCCAAUCCCGAUACGGCCCGCGGAGUUUUAAAGUGCGACAUAUCGGAUCUUUCUCUCAUCUGUCUGUUGGGAUACAGCAUGCUCUUAAUGGUCACCUGCACGGUUUACGCCAUCAAGACCAGAGGGGUUCCGGAGACGUUUAACGAGGCCAAACCCAUCGGCUUCACCAUGUACACCACCUGCAUAGUAUGGCUUGCCUUUAUCCCCAUCUUCUUUGGGACGUCACAAUCGGCAGAAAAGAUGUACAUCCAGACCACAACCUUGACCAUCUCUGUUAGCCUCAGUGCAUCCGUCUCUCUGGGUAUGCUUUACAUGCCCAAGGUCUACGUGGUUCUCUUUCAUCCGGAGCAGAACGUACCAAAGCGCAAGCGCAGCCUGAAGGCUGUGGUCACCGCAGCCACCAUGUCCAACAAGUUCAACCCAAAAGGUGGUCUGAGGCCCAAUGGGGAGGCAAAGUCAGAACUCUGCGAAAGUCCACCCCCCUCCCCUGCAGUGUUGGCCUCCAAGCAGACAUAUAUAAGCUACAGUAACCAUGCCAUCUAAGAGGCAGCCGAGUGUGAGCCCAAGGAGAGAUACUCGAAGAUCUGCUGCCGCACAGACAAAAGCUGGGAUUGAAAGGAUGUCAUAUUUUUUUAGAUAAUAAACACCACUUCUAUCAGAUGGAGGAAACGUAAUUUCAAUUUCUUUGUGUGUCUUGGCAUGAAGGAAUUGACAAUAAAGCUGACUCCGACAUGAGUCGAAUGCAAGCAAGAGAUGAGGGAUAAAAAGUCGGGAAUCGUUCAUUUCCCCCUUCCCUGAGACACAUAAUGUUGGGUUGUGAUGUUUCCAGGCACAGGAUGAAUGCGCCACCUCAAACCAACACUUUGUUUGCUUUCAGAAGUCAAUAGCAGAUAUUUCAGGCAUGUACUUGGCUGAGCCAUUCGACUCACUCAAAAAAACAAACAAUAAAAACCUAGGUGGUGGGGGAUGAACUAAAUCUUGAUGGAGUUGCUACUCGUCAAACUGUACACUGCCUUACAAGAGUUUGUGAACGAACCAUAUCUGGCGACAGUCAAAAAGAAAUCGCUCGGUCAUUCCGAUUUAUUUGUGUUUUCUAUCAGUGUUUCAUAAUUGUGUCAAAAUGGCCAUCAAUUUUUGGAGCAAACCUAAUGUACAGUCCCAGAGCAUGCUUGUGGGCACAUCACGUGUACUGUGCUGUGUUGUCAAUGGAAUGCGAUGUGUCAUGAUUGUCAUUAACAGUAGCGACCAUUAGCCAACCUCUGAAAAAGGAGCCCAACAACACAGAAGUUGAUUUGUUUAGCUCAAU